GGGCCACCUGGAGACAGACACUCGCCAUGGGGCGCCUGGGGCUGGUCGUCCUGGGCCUCGCCUGCUGCUUGGCCGGGGCGAGUGCUGCAAAGCUGGGUGCCGUGUACACCGAAGGAGGCUUCGUGGAAGGUGUCAACAAGAAGCUGAGCCUCCUGGGUGGCGACUCUGUCGACAUCUUCAAGGGCAUCCCCUUUGCCACUGCCAAGACCCUGGAGAAUCCCCAGCGUCACCCCGGCUGGCAAGGGACCCUGAAGGCCAAGGACUUCAAGAAGCGAUGCCUGCAGGCCACCAUCACCCAGGACAACACCUACGGGGAUGAAGACUGCCUCUACCUCAACAUUUGGGUGCCCCAGGGCAAGAAGCAAGUCUCCCAGGACCUGCCGGUGAUGAUCUGGAUCUACGGAGGCGCAUUCCUCAUGGGGGCUGGCCACGGGGCCAACUUCCUCAAUAACUACCUGUAUGACGGGCAGGAGAUAGCCACGCGUGGGAACGUCAUCGUUGUCACCUUCAACUACCGCGUCGGCCCCCUGGGCUUCCUCAGCACGGGGGACGCCAACCUGCCAGGUAACUAUGGCCUUCGGGAUCAGCACAUGGCCAUCGCCUGGGUGAAGAGGAACAUUGCGGCCUUUGGGGGGGACCCCAACAACAUCACCAUCUUUGGAGAAUCAGCGGGAGGUGCCAGCGUCUCUCUGCAGACCCUCUCCCCCUACAACAAGGGCCUUAUCCGGCGAGCCAUCAGCCAGAGUGGUGUGGCCCUGAGCCCCUGGGCCAUCCAGAAAGACCCACUCUUCUGGGCCAAGAAGGUUGCCAAAAAAGUGGGCUGUCCCUUGGAUGACACCGCCAGGCUGGCCAGGUGUCUGAAGAUCACCGACCCCCACGCCCUGACCAUGGCCUACAAGGUGCCCCUGGCAGACCUGGAGUACCCCGUGCUUCACUAUCUGGCCUUCAUCCCGGUCAUCGAUGGAGACUUCAUCCCUGAUGACCCCGUCAACCUGUUCGCCAAUGCUGCUGACACAGACUUCUUAGCAGGCACCAACAACAUGGAUGGCCACCUCUUUGCAGGCAUGGACUUGCCGGCCAUCAACAAGAACAACCAGGACAUCACAGAAGAGGACUUCUACAGGCUGGUCAGCGGGCUCACUGUGACCAAGGGGCUCAGGGGUGCCCAGGCCACCUUCGACAUCUACACUGAGUCCUGGGCCCAGGACCCCUCCCAGGUGACCAGGAAAAAGACUGUGGUGGACCUGGAGACUGACAUUCUUUUCCUGAUGCCCACAGAGAUCGCCCUGGCACAGCACAGAGCCAAAGCCAAGAGUGCCCACACCUACUUCUACCUGUUUUCCCAUCCCUCUCGGAUGCCCGUCUACCCCAAAUGGGUGGGGGCUGACCACGCUGAUGACCUCCAGUAUGUCUUUGGAAAGCCCUUUGCCACCCCGCUGGGCUACCGGCUCCAGGACAGGACUGUCUCCAAGGCCAUGAUCGCCUACUGGACCAACUUUGCCAGAAGCGGGGACCCCAACAUGGGCCACUCGGCCGUGCCCACACAUUGGUACCCCUACACCCUGGAGGACGGCAGCUACCUGGAGAUCACCAAGAAGAUGGACAGCAGUUCCAUGAAGCAGCACCUGAGGGCCAACUACCUGCAGUACUGGACGCAGACCUACCGGGCACUGCCCACAGUGGUGGGUGAGGGGGCCACCCCAGGGGCCCCCGCCAAUGACUCCCUGGCCCCCCAACUCCCCCCCACCAACGACUCCCGUCCCCCCCUAUUCCCACCUGCCAACGACUCCCUGGCCCCCCCACUCCCACCCGCCAAUGACUCCCGUCCCCCCAUAUUCCCACCCGCCAACGAUUCCCGUCCCCCCCCACUCCCACCCGCCAACGACUCCCGUCCCCCCCCAUUCCCACCCGCCAACGAUUCCCGUCCCCCCCCACUCCCACCCGCCAACGAUUCCCGUCCCCCCCCACUCCCACCCGCCAACGACUCCCGUCCCCCCCCACUCCCACCCGCCAACGACUCCCGUCCCCCCCCAUUCCCACCCGCCAACGAUUCCCGUCCCCCCCCACUCCCACCCGCCAACGACUCCCGUCCCCCCCUAUUCCCACCCGCCAACGACUCCCGUCCCCCCCUAUUCCCACCCGCCAACGACUCCCGUCCCCCCCUAUUCCCACCCGCCAACGACUCCCGUCCCCCCAUAUUCCCACCCACCAACGACUCCCGUCCCUCCCCAUUCCCACCCACCAACGACUCCCUGGCCCCCCCAUUCCCCCCCCACCAACGACUCCCGUCUCCCCCUAUUCCCACCCGCCAAUGACUCCCGUCCCUCUCCAUUCCCAUGCGCCAAUGGCUCCCUGGCCCCCCCACUCCCACCAGGUAACGACUCCCUGGCCCUCCCAGUACCCCCUGUGGACCAGUCCCAGGGCCCCCCAGCACCCCGUGGAUGACCCCCAGACUGUAGCAGCACCUCCCGCGGACAAUCCCGAGGGGGCU